GAGUGGGGCGAUGAGACAGAGAAGGAGGGGGAAGCUAUGUAUGGAGAGAGAGAUGCUGUUGCUAGGGAACAGCAGCCACAUAGAGGACUACUGAAAACAAUUGCAGGAUUAACUAAUGGAGUAAAGGGACACAGAGUCCGGGGCUCAAUUUCACCCCACAGAAAGGUUUGACUUGUUAUUUGGGAGUGGACAGAGAUACGCUAGAGGUAUUUGGAGUUACGAGCAGAGAAAAGAGGGGGAUAGAGAGAGAGAUCAUGAUGCCAGAGCAGAUGCAUUCUGACUAAAGACAUUUUCUGUCUUGGUGGUGUGGAUGUAGGAGCUGAGAGGCAAGCUGUUGACUCGUUCUUCACGGCCAGUCUUUCCUCAUCAACGGUGGCCAGAGGCGGAGGAGAAGAGGGGGAGUCCAGCACAGAGGUGCCCCCUGUCUUCAGACACCUGCUGCUGGCUAGUGGCUGACAUCGAGGACACUGUGUGUCUGUGCAUGAGUGUGUGUGCGCAUGUGAAUGAGUGAAAGACAGGGAGCGUGAGAGGAGAAAUUUCAGCCUGACCCCCCUCUUCUCUGUUGAUGUGGAGGAGCAGGACUUUCUCUCCUUGAAUCUAUGCGUCUGUGACUGAGGAGGAGGGAAGACACACAGACCAGAGAGAGGUUUUGAGGGGAUCUUACACCGCUCAUGCCCCCGCUCUCCUCUCUGAUGGGCACCACAGAGGCAACUCUACGAAUGGAGAACUUGGAAGUGAAAGACGAGUGGCAGGACGAAGACUUCCCCAGACCACUACCAGAGUACGGAGACAUGGAUCCCUCUUGUGGUCUCACAGACAACAGAGCCUCUCCUCCUAACUCCCUGAAUGUCAGCCCACCCGGGGGAGGAGGAGGAGGCAGCAGCGGUGGCCUGUCCUCGUCCCACCGUAAACGCCGUACCCUGGUUGCCCCGGAGAUGAACCUUUCACUGGACCAAAGUGAGGGCUCUUUGUUGUCAGAUGACUUCCUGGAUACACCGGAUGACCUGGACAUCAACGUCGAUGACAUUGAUACACCUGACGAGACCGACUCGCUGGAGUUUAUCACUAAUGGCAACGAGCUGGAGUGGGAAGAUGACACACCGGUGGCCUCGGCCAAAGCAGGUCCUGCUGACGGUUCAGGAGAUGUGGACGAGGAGGGGAAUGCCCACAACGGACGCCUCUGGAGGACGGUGAUCAUCGGAGAACAGGAGCAUCGUAUUGACAUGCAGGUCAUCAGACCCUACCUCCGGGUCAUCACACACGGAGGUUAUUAUGGCGAGGGCCUUAACGCCAUCAUUGUUUUCUCUGCCUGUUACCUGCCUGACAGCAGCUGUCCAGACUAUCACUACAUCAUGGAGAACCUAUUCCUGUUUGUGGUGAGCAGUCUGGAGAUGCUAGUGGCUGAAGAUUACUUGAUCAUCUACAUGAACGGAGCCACUCCUCGGAGUAAAAUGCCUGGAAUCAGCUGGCUCAAGAAAUGUUACCAAAUGAUUGACAGAAGAUUGAGGAAGAACCUGAAGUCUUUGGUCAUUGCUCAUCCCACGUGGUUCAUACGCACCGUCCUGGCAAUAUCCAGGCCCUUUAUCAGUGUGAAGUUCAUGAAUAAGAUCCAGUAUGUCCACAGCCUGGAUGAACUGGCAGAGAUUGUCCCCAUGGAGCACGUCCAUGUUCCUGAGUGUGUGGUGCAAUUUGAUGAGGAGAGGAUUAAAGCACGGAGGGAAAGGAUGGAGCAGGAGCAAAAACAACAGGAGCAGCAUUCAGUCCCACAGGAGCCGUUUAAAAAGUCUGAGAGGCCAAAGUCGAUGAUUGUUAAUCAAGGAUUAUGAGGACACAGCUUCGCAGGUGAAGUGUGUGACAGACAGACUUAUGGAGCAUGAACUUUUCCGAAUGAUUCCCGUAUGAAGCAACGAGCCCAAAUGCAAUACAAAUGCUUCCUUGUAUUUUAUCAACAUCCAGCUGACAAUUUGUGCAGUCAAGAUGGUGAACGCUCUGUCUCAUUAGCCCUCCUCUGUGUGGAACCCCUUCUUCCUCUCUGCUGGAGGGUUCCAUGUUGCAACUUGAAAAUAUAUGAAGGAAGUCACCACUCUGUUACAGGAAGUGUUUCCCCAAAACUAUAGUUUGGUUUAUCUAUUCAUAAACACAUCAUCUGCUGUGUGGUUGGACCUGUUGUAUAGCUUACAUUGUAAUAUUACACCAUUGUAAGGCUCUUGAAAACCAGGACAUUGGCAGAAAUGCACGCUCUAGGCUAUAAUGCAACACAAUAUUGUAACUCCAAUUAUGGAUACUCAUGUUGUAACUUCAUUAAAGGAUUACAACUUUAAAAUUUUACUUUUUUUAAUAAUUAAAUAAAUAUACUAAAGUAAAUGGAAAAUGCUGACUUUUGCAAAAGAAUCAACAAUUGGAUAGCCUAUAAGCAUUUUGCCUGACACUAGUGAUGUGUACAUAUGUAAUGUCUACAGCUACAUUAGUGAUGUAACAGAUGCUGAUCUUGGGAAAUAUAAUGUGUGUUAGAUGUAAAUAACAAUGCAUCAGAUGCCUUCUUUAAUCUUUAUUAGUUUUGCCUCAUAACUGCUGUAUCAUAACUCCUUUGCUGUACUGACAUUUUGAAAAUGUCAAAUGUACUAACAUCUGUACUGUACCUUGUGCCUCAGUCGUAUUGUGCUUAGAAUAUACACAAACAUGAUCAAUAUUUAACAUUUUGUGGUCUGAAAAACCCAUAUGAGAAAAUCUGUAAGAAUUAUAUUAUAGAAAAUGUUGUAAAAUACAAUGCUUGUUUAUUUUGUGUAACAUGGUUAUGGCCACAUGAAUAGAUGUCAUACAUCAUUAAACAAAUAUGCUUUAUAUUAAUAUUUAGACUGUAUCCCACAUAUUACUGCUACAUUCUAGUAUAUGUCAUGUGCAGUACCAGUCAAAAGUUUGGACACGCUUUCCCAUUCAAGUGAAUGAGAAAACGUGUCCAAACAUUUGACUGGUUUGUAAAAAGAUAAUAGUAAUACUAACCCACCAUAUACAAAACAUCUGCAAAAAAUGUUGUUUGACAUUUGUAUCGAAGUGGCCAUAAUCAAGACAAUAAUACACAAACAUUGUACACAAUGAUUGCAUAUAAUUUUUUAUAAAUUGUGCUCAUUCUGUUUCAUAUGGGAACAUUUGCUGUCAGCUCAGAUUCCGAAAACAUGUUCUGAUCACCAACUUGAUGAAGUAUAAAGUGGUUCUUAUUUCAGAUUUAUAAAGCUUAUAAAGCUUAUGUGGAGAUUUAGAAAAGUUAAGUUCAUUUCAGCAGAGCGACAUUCACUUAUGUUUUUAGUGUGGUUGUUUCUGAUGAACAUUUGGGACAAUGUGAGCACAUUCUUAUACUUAACAGAAGUUUAAACAUUUAUCAAACAUCCUAAUGCAUUAUGGAUUGCAUGUUUUCUAGGGUUACAUUGAUUUUCUCUCAUGUCUUCCAUCUGUUCAACUUAUUGUAGCAGGAGGGCAGAGGAUUGCACUGUUGGAUUCGGUUAUGUUUAAGAGGAGAAAAGUUCUUCUAAAGUUUAUAUUGUGUUGUUAAAUAUCAUAACUGAUGCCAUGCAGUUGUGUAGCUGUUAGUAAAGCAUGAACAUGUUUAUUAUUUUUUUUACAGAAAAUAGGACUUCAUGAAAUGUCUGUUUCUAAAGUGCCAUCUCAAUUCUGGCCUUUCUGAUACAAGAAUGUUAAAGAAAGGGUUUAACUUUUCAAUUAUUUUCAGUCCUUUUAGGCUGUUUUCACACGAGUAAACCAAACCUGAGCAGUUUCAUCAAAUAUUUAUUAUCCAUGAUGGAACUGCUCAGUUACAGCUCGUCAUUCUUUGUGUUUGAAGUUUGUUUGCUGUACUGAGUGCCUAUUUUUUAACCAAAUGAGUAAAAGAAAUCCAGAAAAAGUGAAGGAAUGUAAAGUGUAGCCUUUUCCCUUUUAAAGUUAUUGUAGUUUAUAGGUUUAGUCACACCCAUUAUUAUAAGCAAGGUUUGCAUAAAAAUAGUUGCUAUGACCUUUCCAAAAAUCUAUCAUUUUGACUAUAAAAGCACAAUAUUUAUUUAUCUUUGCCUGCAUUUGUGUGCUGUAAAAUGCUCAGAUUUAAAUGGGAAAGAUGAUCCAUCAUACAUGGUUCAAGUUCUUAAGAUUGCCAUGAUCGGUUCUGCCUUGUAAAUAUAACUGAAUAAACUGUUCCUCCCAAAAUA